UUGUGGCUGAGGGGGGUCGGGGGUCCCCUGUGGCUGCGGGGAGGCCGGGCCUGGGUGUCCCCUGUGGCUGAGGAGAUGUCGGGCCUGGGGUUCCCCUGUGGCUGAGGGAGUUCCGAGGGUCCCCUGUGGCUGAGGGGAGGCUGGGCCUGGAGUUCCCCUGUGGCUGAGGGAGCUGGAGGAGCUCAACGGGGACAUACAACCAAAACUUCUUGUCUUGAGGGAGGCUUUCCCCGCUGCUCGCUGCCCUUCGUGCUGGAGCUCACAGACCCCGUCACCAUUUGCUUGCUGAGACAUUGGUGCAAGUGCCUCUGACCAUCAUGGGGGAUGCCAGCAUGGAACUGAAUGUUUCCCCUCCUGACAACACUUCACAGCAAGACUCCUACUUCAGCAUGACGGACGUGUUUCUCAUCUCGCUCAUCACCGGCCUUUUUACUUACUGGUUCUUCUUCCGCAAGAAAAAGGAGGAAGUCCCAGACCUCCCCAAAAUGCAAUCAGUAGCAGCUCCAGCGAGAGAUAGCAGCUUCAUUGAGAAGAUGAAGAAGACGGGGCGAAACAUAGUGGUUUUCUAUGGUUCCCAGACGGGUACAGCGGAGGAGUUUGCCAAUCGCCUUUCCAAAGAUGCUCAUCGCUAUGGCCUCCGGGGCAUGGCAGCGGAUCCAGAGGAGUAUGACUUGUCGGACCUGAGUCGCCUCUCUGAGAUCGACAAGUCUUUAGCUGUGUUCUGCAUGGCCACUUACGGCGAGGGUGAUCCCACGGACAAUGCCCAAGACUUCUACGACUGGCUGCAGGAGGCUGACGCUGACUUGUCAGGUCUCCGAUAUGCAGUCUUUGGGCUGGGCAACAAGACUUACGAGCACUUCAAUGCCAUGGGAAAGUAUGUGGACAAGAGACUGGAGGAGCUUGGAGCCCAGCGGAUCUUUGAACUUGGGCUAGGAGACGAUGAUGGCAACUUGGAAGAAGACUUCAUCACCUGGAGAGAGCAGUUCUGGCCAGCGGUGUGUGAGCAUUUUGGGGUGGAGGCGACAGGAGAAGAGUCCAGCAUCCGCCAGUAUGAGCUGGUGGUGCACACAGAUGUGAACAUGAACAAAGUCUACACCGGUGAGAUGGGUCGUCUCAAGAGCUACGAGAACCAGAAGCCACCAUUCGAUGCCAAGAACCCCUUCCUGGCACAGGUUACAGAGAACCGCAAGCUGAACAAGGGUGGAGAGCGACACCUUAUGCACCUGGAGCUGGAUAUCUCCAAUUCCAAAAUCAGGUACGAGUCUGGGGACCACGUGGCGGUGUACCCAGCCAACGACUCCUCUCUGGUGAAUCAGAUUGGUGAGAUCCUGGGCACGGAUCUGGACACGAUCAUGUCCCUAAACAAUUUGGAUGAGGAAUCCAAUAAGAAACAUCCCUUCCCCUGCCCCACGUCCUACCGCACAGCCCUGACGUACUACCUGGACAUCACCAACCCGCCCCGCACCAAUGUCCUCUACGAGCUGGCCCAGUACGCCACGGAUGCCGGCGAGCAGGAGCGCCUCCGCAAAAUGGCAUCCUCUGCGGCCGAGGGAAAGGCUCUCUACCUCAGCUGGGUGGUGGAGGCCCGGAGGAACAUCCUGGCCAUCCUGCAGGACAUGCCCUCGCUGCGUCCCCCCAUCGACCACUUGUGUGAGCUCCUGCCCCGCCUGCAGGCCCGCUACUACUCCAUCGCCUCCUCCUCCAAGGUUCACCCCAACGCCAUCCACAUCUGUGCUGUGACGGUGGAGUACGAGACCAAGACAGGACGCCUGAACAAAGGGGUGGCCACCAACUGGCUGAAGGACAAGGUGCCCGACGAGAACAGGAGCAACUCCCUGGUGCCCAUGUAUGUCAGGAAGUCCCAGUUUCGCCUGCCCUUCAAACCCAGCACGCCUGUCAUCAUGAUCGGGCCAGGGACUGGCAUAGCCCCCUUCAUCGGCUUCAUUCAGGAGCGGGCCUGGCUGAAGCAGCAAGGCAAAGAGGUGGGCGAUACGGUGCUUUACUAUGGCUGCCGCCAUGAGCGUGAGGACUACCUGUACCGUGAGGAGCUGGCCCGCUUCCAUCAGGAGGGAGUCCUCACCCAGCUGAACGUCGCCUUCUCAAGGGACCAGGCUGAGAAGGUUUAUGUGCAGCACUUACUGAAGAAGAACAAGGAAAACAUCUGGAAGCUGGUUAAUGAGGAGAACGCUCAUAUCUACGUGUGCGGCGAUGCUCGCAACAUGGCUCGGGAUGUGCAGAACACCUUCUACGAGAUCGUGGCCGAGUUCGGGAACAUGAGCCAGCCCCAGGCCGUGGACUAUGUAAAGAAACUGAUGACGAAGGGCCGGUACUCUCUGGAUGUCUGGAGCUAAGAGCAGGGCUGGCGGGGCUGGGGAGAGAACGGGUCCCCAGGUAUGGGCCCGCAGCAGGUGGAAAGUGCCUGCUCACCCACUGCUGCUGUGGGUGACAGUGUUGUCCCCAGCCCACAGCUACCCCAGUGUCACUCCCAACCCCUCUUUGGCUACAGCAGCCCCCUGGGGCUGGCUGUGUACGCUGCGGGGUGGAAAGGGUUGAGAGGGGCAGGGUGGGUAGCUGAGGCUCGUCGUCCAGGAGCCAUGGUGCCCCCGGUACCCUGGUGAGGACCUCAUGGCACCAGCAUUUGCCUUGAGGUCAGGGACACAACUGAUGUGGCACAGGAGGGACAGGUGGUGCUGGAGGAGCUCUGGGGUCCUUCCCUGAACACGAGGUGUUGCCUUAUCCCCUGGGGCUGGAGACCGCCCUGGCCUGCCGGCGCAUACAGCCUGAGGGCAGCAGAGGGGUGGAGGAGCCGGCAGGCCCCUGCCAGGGCAUGGCACAGGGCAGCGAGCUGUCCUUGCCGCCCUCCCACCAUCUUUGCCCAUCUCUAGGAUGUGGGGCUGGCAGCCGGCUCUGGGCACAGAGCUGCCCCACGCCACCAGGACCCUGCAGGCACCCCGCUCCCCUCCCCAGCUGCCCGCCUUCGCUCCAGCUCACAGCGGGGAGGGGACGGUUCCUCUCCCUCCAGAACCGACCUGGUCUUGGGGGGGUGUCUCGGCCCGCAGGGGCCCUGCUCGCUCCCUGGGGUCCUGCAGCCGGCAGCUCCCUUGUGCCCAGCCCCUCCCUCAUGCUGUGUACGGUCUUUUUUUAAAUACUGUUUUUAUUUUAACAUCUUUGUGAUUUAAUCAUGGGAAAAAAAUCCCCAAACUUUCAGGCUUUCCAAUGACUGUAAAUUAUUUAAAUACAUUUGCCCUUGCAAUAAAAA